AUGCAAUCCCUCAGCUUCUCUGAAAAAGAACUCUUCGGCGGCUCCAUCACCGCCAAUGUUCCAACCGCUUGGACCGAUCUCAGCAACAUCCGCCAAGUACCAGAUAACCAGGAAUGCUUCAUCGAUAUAACCGGUCUUGCGACCUUGAUCUUCGAACUCAACGAAAGAGUUGAAAAGGAAAAUGACGAAGAAGCUGUCAUCUUUCACCUCUCAGAUAUCUUCGAGGAAAGCCCUUAUAAGAUCUGGAAGAGCUGGAGACUAGAUGCCGGAGAGGCUCCGCAAUUAGAUGGCAUCCCCGCUUAUGCCAUGCUUCUGACGACUCCAUACGUCGAAAACCGUCGCGACCGAGUUGGGCAUGAAUCCCAAUUUGUCGCUCUCGCAGUAGUCAUCAUUAGACUCGAGAAGCAGAAGACGGAUAUUGUCAUUACGGCCAAUAUGCCACAUUCUCUCCAAGAGGCUGCUGCAGAAACCACCAUCUGCCCUCCUGGUUAUGAAGCCGAGAAGGGUAUCCCAGCGGAUUAUGUUUGGACACCCGAGAAUGCCGGCCAACCAUUGAAGAACCUGCUAGAUAUCAUCGAACAGGGUGUCAAAACUUUCAACAUCCAUGAUUUUGGAUUGUUCGUGAAUGAGGAGGAAUAA